GGACAGGCUGGCUGCACUGUCGUUCCCGACUCCCACUGCACAGUUGAUCUUUUUGUAGGCCAGUGGCGCUACCAUGGCUUCUCGCUUCAUUGCCCCCCACUUGGCCGAGGCCAGCUACAACGGCGUAGAGCCGCUGGAGACCAUCGCAAAGGAGAUUGGUCUGCCCGUGGAGCAGCUCAUCAAGCUCAACGCCAACGAAAAUGUCUACGGUCUGCCCGAGGCUGUGCAGCAGGCCGUGGCCAACGCUGAGCAUCACGUGUAUCCCGAUCCGGCCCAGGUGCAGCUGCGUGCCGCCGUGGCCAAGCUGUUGGAGGUACAGCCAGAGAACAUUUGCUGUGGCGCUGGAUCAGACGACAUCCUGGACAUUGUGAUCCGCAUGAACCAGCCCAAGGCCAUGGUUACCAGCAUCCCGACCUUUGGCAUGUACAAGUUCUUGGGAAGUGUGGCCAAUGUGCCCGUGGUCAACGUCAAGCGAAAAGACGACUUUACGCUUGACAUGGACGCCAUUAUUGCUGCCAUCCGUGAUAAUGAGGAGGAUGCCUUGAUUGUUAUGGACGAAGCCUACGCGGAGUUUUGCGACUCGACGUCCAUGUCGCUUUUCGGCACUUAUCCCAACCUCUUGGUUGCGCGCACGUUCAGCAAAUGGGCGGGCUUGGCAGGAUUGCGUUUGGGCUACUGCGUGGCGGAUGCGGAGCUGAUCAAGGUCAUGAUGGCCAUCAAGCAGCCCUACAACGUCAACACGGCCGCAGACGCCGCAGGUCUAGCCGCACUCGAGCACCGCGAUACCAUUUUGAAAACGGUGGCCAUUCUUCGGGCGGAGAAGGAUCGCCUCUACACCGAGCUCACAAAGGUGGACUGGUUGCGGCCGGUGCCGUCAGACGCCAAUUUUGUGUUGGUGGAGGUCCAGCGCUUGCCCGCACAAACGCUCUAUCAGGGCGGUGAUCUGUCAAACUAUGUGCGAAUCUCGGCUGGCAAGCCGGAACAGAUGGAUGCUGUCUUGGCAGCCAUCAAGGCGAUUGAGAAGGAGUAUCACCUCUAUGCGCCUAUCAUCAGCAUGUAGGCGGUCAUGACAACGAGGGCUGGGUGUGCUCAUGUUAGCAGCGUAGUAAGGUUUUAUCUUUUCCCCCUUUCUCCCUCUCCCCCACCCUUCUCUCUUUUGUGGGUGUGAAGGUGCCGUGUUGAUGCUCGUUAUUUUUUGAUUAUUUGAUUUGCUCGCCUC